UCCUUCUUCCGAGCAACCCUUGACUAAGUAGUGUGGUCGAUUCUUUCCAUUGAUACAUUUUUUCCAAAAAUUUGUUAUUAAAAUGUUAACCAGAGCAAUAAAUAACAAUGUGUUCCUCAAAUACAAUUCACUCCGAAUUAGUGCCAUCAGCGGACUUCAAAAAACAUUCUGCUCACAUGCGAAGUAUGCUGAGCACAAGCCGCUGGAAAAGAUUCGUAACAUUGGAAUAUCUGCCCACAUUGACAGCGGUAAGACAACACUAACCGAACGAAUCCUGUACUACACCGGGCGCAUAGCUCAUAUGCACGAGGUGAGGGGCAAAGACAAUGUCGGCGCUACAAUGGAUUCCAUGGAGUUGGAGAGGCAGAGAGGAAUCACAAUUCAAUCGGCAGCAACUUACACCAUGUGGAAAGAUAACAACAUCAACAUCAUCGACACACCUGGGCACGUGGACUUCACAGUCGAAGUUGAGAGAGCUCUGCGUGUCCUCGACGGAGCAGUCUUGGUUCUCUGUGCUGUCGGUGGAGUUCAGAGUCAGACGCUGACUGUCAAUCGUCAGAUGAAACGUUACAAUGUACCUUGUUUGGCUUUUAUCAACAAACUCGACCGACUGGGAUCGAACCCCUACAGAGUUCUGUCCCAGAUGAGGUCUAAAAUGAAUCACAAUGCUGCCUUCAUCCAGCUUCCCAUUGGUCUGGAGAAUAAUUGUCAGGGUAUCGUUGAUUUGGUUGGUGAGAAAGCAAUCUACUUCGAAGGAGCCAAUGGUACAGAUCUACGGUUUGACCAGAUUCCCAAGGACAUGGCCACCGAGGCUAACGAACGUCGUCAAGAGUUGAUUGAACAUUUGUCCAACGUCGAUGACAAACUUGGAGAACUCUUCCUUGAAGAGAAAACACCCACAGAAGAUGACAUUAAGGGCGCACUACGUCGCUCUUGCAUAAAACGAACCUUCACACCUGUGUUGGUGGGCACUGCCCUAAAGAACAAAGGUGUCCAGCCAUUGUUGGACGCAGUUAUUGAUUUCCUCCCAAAUCCUGGUGAGGUUGAAAAUAUUGCAAUGGUCGAAAAGGAAGGCGAAGAGCCCGAUAAGUUUUUCCUUAGCCCAGCACGAGAUGGCAAGAAUCCUUUUGUUGGAUUGGCCUUCAAGCUGGAAGCUGGUCGCUUCGGACAAUUGACCUAUUUGAGAUGCUACCAAGGAGUGCUCCGCAAAGGAGACAACAUCUUCAAUACACGUACCAAGCGGAAGGUAAGGAUCGCCCGGCUUGUGCGAUUGCACUCGAAUCAAAUGGAAGACGUCAAUGAGGUCUUUGCCGGAGACAUCUUUGCACUGUUUGGUGUCGAUUGCGCCAGUGGAGAUACCUUCGUGACAGAUAUCAAGCUGAACAUAUCAAUGGAAUCUAUGUUCGUUCCAGAACCAGUGGUGUCAAUGGCCAUCAAACCCAACAAUCCCAAAGACAGAGAUAACUUCGCUAAGGCUGUGGCGAGAUUCACUAAAGAGGAUCCUACCUUCACUUUUGCUUAUGACCCUGAUGUCAAGGAAACUCUUGUUUCUGGAAUGGGUGAACUUCACUUGGAAAUCUAUGCCCAACGAAUGGAACGAGAAUACGGUUGUCCAGUGACUCUAGGCAAGCCCAAAGUUGCAUUCCGUGAAACUCUAGUCGGCCCCUGUGAAUUUGAUUAUCUCCAUAAGAAGCAAUCUGGAGGAUCGGGUCAAUAUGCUCGCGUCAUUGGUAUCAUGGAGCCAUUGCCGCCCACCAAAAAUACCCUCCUGGAAUUUGCUGACGAAACAGUUGGUACCAAUGUACCAAAACAAUUCAUUCCCGGUGUGGAGAAGGGUUUCCGCGAUAUGUCGGAGAAGGGUAUGUUGAGUGGACACAAAUUGGCUGGCAUUAAAUUCCGACUGCUCGAUGGUGGACACCAUAUUGUCGACUCGAGUGAAUUGGCAUUUAUGUUGGCUGCCCAUGGAGCUGUUAAGGAAGUAUUCGCGAAUGGUGGUUGGCAAAUCCUCGAACCAAUUAUGUUGGUUGAAGUUGCCGCACCAGAAGAGUUCCAAGGCGCUGUUAUGGGACAGUUGAGCAAGAGACACGGUAUUAUCACAGGGACAGAUGGUGCUGAAGGAUGGUUUACUGUUUAUGCCGAAGUUCCAUUGAACGAUAUGUUUGGCUAUGCUGGUGAACUGAGAUCGAGUACACAAGGCAAAGGUGAAUUCACAAUGGAAUACAGUAGGUACUCGCCUUGUCUGCCUGAUGUUCAAGAACAGCUCAUAAGGCAGUACCAGGAAGCGCAAGGAAUUAACGUUGAUAAGAAGAAAAAGAAAAAUUAAAUAAACCAAUAGAAACAAAAAUAUUAAUUAAGAUCCUAAAAUAGUAUA